UUCCAAUAGAGAAGUGAUCAAUACGAUCUACACUACUUUCAAUUAGCCAAUAAGCCAACGCCAAACAAGUAGCGUGCAUGUAUAAUUGAUAAUACUGCCUCAUAAAGAAGGAUUUGUUGCAUUAAGUAACAACGGUAAACAAAAAAAUGACGGAUUAUCCAAACUACACGGAUCCUUCGAGGUUUCUGUCAGUCGAUUUCGAAAUAGUUGGACUCGUUCAGGGGGUUUUCUUCAGAAAGUACGCGCUGCACGCAGCUAACAAGCUGGGUGUGACGGGCUGGAUAAAGAACACUCGGACCGGGGGCAUCACGGGAAACAUUCAGGGGGACAAAGGCCGCGUCGCUCUCAUGAAAGAAUGGCUUUGCACAGUCGGCAGUCCGCAGUGCGUCAUCCUGGCGUGCAAGUUCAGCAACGAGCGCGAGCUCAUUAAUCUCGACCAUCACCACUUCACCAUCUCCCCCAGCGACUGGUAGUUCCGUUGUCCUUAAAGACAACGUCCGGGUGCCGGCGAUUUUAGUCUGGAAUUGCGUGAACGAACAAUCACAAUAUAUAUUUAUAUAUGCAUUACAUACAACUACAAUGCGUUGAUAUGUUCAGUUACUUAAAGUAUUACACUUUUAUUAUCAGUAUUAUGUUUAUAUAAUUAGAUAAACUAGUAAGAACAUUCGAUAUUUUGCUAUCUGUAUCUGUCAGUUUUGUGUUCGUGUCAUCUGUAUUAAAAUACAUGUUCACAUA